AUGGAGGCUCUCGCUGGUUGGACCAUCUACGCCUUUUCACUCUUUGCAGCAAUUAUAAUAGCCAAGACUAUAUUCAAUGCUUUCCGCCCGGACUUGGAUGAAAUACCUGGGCCAUUCCUUUCCCGUUUUACCACUUGGCCGCUCAAGAUCUCCGUCUUAACAGGCCAUCGGACCGCUUAUAUUCACCAGUUGCAUCAGAAAUAUGGGGCAUACGUUCGAAUCGGUCCCCGAGAAAUUGCGAUAGCAGACCUGAACGCUGCACAGCAGAUCCACAAGGUCGGCACCCGUUUCAGGAAGUCGGAGUGGUACCAGAAUCAAACAACCACCCAAGCCACGGACGAUACUUGUGGUGUUUUCGGCAUUCGUGGCCUCGCUGAAGCUCGGAGGAGACGCAAAUACUUUCAACAGGCCGGGACCAAGGCGAUUGUCAUGGAGUGGGAGCCAAUGAUCAUCUCCACGAUCGACGUGACGGUUUCGAAAAUCAAACGGGACGCCAGCCAGGGCGAGGAAGAUAUCAUGAAGUGGUGGACCAUGAUGACAGCCGAUAUUCUCGGGUCGCUAGCCUUUGGCGAGCCUUUUCGGAUGAUCGAGUACGAGCAAAAACCUCAGUUGAUCAAGGACAUUGAGGACGCGAUGAUCGCCGUUGGCAUCAAGCUUGAGUUACCUCUGCUUUACUGGUUGCUCAAUUGGACACCAAUACCAGCUGUGCGACGCCUCAUGAGAGUUGCUGAUCGACUACGGGAUGCUGGAUAUAAAGCAGUCGAGAACACUAAGCGCGCUUCCCAGGAAGGUUUCAAGACCCUUUUCUCCAAGAUGUACCCCGAAGACGGCACACAGCCCUUCUCAGACGACUUGAUGGCAGACGAAGCUAGCAACAUCAUCAUUGCCGGGACUGACACCACGGCAAUGACCCUGACAUACCUUGUUUACGAAGUUCUUCAGAAUCCAGGCAUCAAAACCAAGCUUUUGAAAGAGCUGGAACCUUGUUCAGCUGAUCCCCGAGUGGGAGAACUGGAAGAAAAGCAGUAUCUGAACAACGUCAUCCAAGAGACAUUACGUCUGCACAGUGCUGUACCUGCAAGCUUACCCAGGACCGUGCCCGCGGAGGGUGCUGUGUUUGGAGGUUACCAUAUUCCUGCAGGAUAUACUGUGUCCACCCAAGCAUAUACUCUGCACCGCAAUCCGCACGUUUGGGCAGAUCCUGAGAAGUGA